AUGCCGAUGUGGUCUAUAUGUGCUCACUUCUGCUCAAGAGUUAAAUUAUGCCAAUCCAUCAACUUUAUAGCAUGGAAUAAAACUUGUCAGAUAAAUAAUGAUGAGCCGGGGAUCAGUAAUUGUGAAGUCAUUGAAAGUGUUGGAAACAGCUUGGCAAUGUCCUCGAAUUUCCCCGAGAACUUAGCAGGCAAUUGCAAUGGUAAUAAUUGUAAACUCAAUGAGGGAUGUAUGCCAAAGGCAACAGGAUACUAUUGUGCUCCAUUACCUUUAAAGUUAUCAGAGACCAGCACACAACUUCGUCCACGUGACUGCAAUGAUCUUCCCAAAGGAAGCAAAUCUGGGGUAUAUAAAAUAUACCCAGCAAAUGAAAACUUCGAUGUUUUCUGUGACAUGGAUACAACAGGAUUUGGAUGGACUGUUUUCCAAAGCAGAGUGAAUGGAACUGUCGAUUUUUACAAAGGAUGGUUGGAUUAUGAGAUUGGUUUUGGAAAUUUGAAAUCUGAGUUUUGGUUGGGAAAUAAAUACCUUAAUAUACUUACAUCUUCUGGAAACUACAAACUUUUCAUCCACCUUGAAGAUUUUGAAGGGAAUUGGAGUUAUGCAGAGUAUAGCGAAUUUAGUAUCGGAAAUGCAACAACAAACUAUAUUUUGAAAAUCAAUGGAUAUUGCGGGACAGCAGGAGAUAGCAUGGGGAAAGCUAAUCACGGGCUGCACAACGGCAUGAUGUUUACUACGAAGGACAAGAAAAACGACUAUGCUUCUAGAAACUGCGCAGUAUUGUUUAAGGGUGCAUGGUGGUUUAAUAGAUGCCAUAAUUCUAAUUUGAAUGGUGAAUAUUUAGGAGACAGUCACUCUACUCAGGCCCAAGGAAUAUUUUGGAACACAUGGAAAGGAGAAUAUUAUUCACUGAAGUCUUCAAGAAUGAUGAUUAAACGACAAUAA